AGCUGCGCGGCUCGCCGUGCGCACGCGCACUGCCGCCUCCAGCCAGCGCUGGGAAGGCAGGGAGGGAGAGAGGGAGCGGCGCUCUCGCGCCUCGGGCCCGUCAGCAGCCAGCGCCGGGCCGGGCCGGGCCGGGCCGCGCCGCGCCGGCCGCAGGAAUCAUGACGACCUCAGGAAAAGAGAAUUUCCGACUGAAGAGCUACAAGAACAAAUCUUUGAAUCCUGAUGAGAUGCGCCGCAGGCGGGAGGAAGAGGGUCUUCAGCUACGGAAGCAAAAAAGAGAGGAGCAGUUGUUUAAACGACGAAAUGUUGCAACAGCUGAAGAGGAAGCGGAGGAGGAAGUUAUGUCAGAUGGUGGCUUCCAUGAGGCUCAGAUGAACAACAUGGAGAUGACUUCUAGUGCUGUCAUUACGGCUGAUAUGAUUGAAAUGAUUUUCUCCAAUAGUCCAGAACAGCAGCUUUCAGCCACUCAGAAAUUCCGAAAACUUCUUUCUAAAGAACCAAAUCCCCCAAUAGACGAAGUCAUAAGCACACCAGGAGUGGUGGCAAGGUUUGUGGAGUUCCUCAAACGGAAAGAAAACUGUACAUUGCAGUUUGAAGCUGCAUGGGUGUUGACAAAUAUUGCCUCGGGAAAUUCCCUUCAAACUCGAAUAGUGAUCCAAGCAGGAGCCGUCCCCAUCUUCAUAGAGCUGCUUAGUUCUGAGUUUGAAGAUGUACAGGAACAGGCAGUAUGGGCUCUUGGCAACAUUGCUGGAGACAGUACUAUGUGCAGAGACUAUGUACUGGACUGUAAUAUCCUGCCCCCUUUACUGCAAUUGCUUUCAAAACAGAACCGUCUCACCAUGACCCGAAAUGCUGUAUGGGCUCUAUCCAAUCUCUGCAGAGGAAAAAAUCCUCCUCCAGAUUUUGCCAAGGUUUCACCUUGUCUCAGUGUGCUUUCCUGGCUGCUCUUUGUCAAUGAUACAGAUGUAUUAGCUGAUGCCUGCUGGGCGUUGUCCUAUUUGUCGGAUGGCCCCAACGAUAAAAUCCAGGCUGUGAUUGAUGCAGGAGUCUGCAGAAGACUUGUGGAACUGCUAAUGCACAACGACUACAAAGUAGUAUCUCCCGCCUUACGAGCUGUUGGGAACAUAGUCACAGGUGAUGAUAUCCAGACCCAGGUAAUUCUGAAUUGUUCUGCGCUGCAGAGCUUAUUGCAUUUGCUAAGCAGCCCUAAAGAAUCUAUCAAAAAGGAAGCCUGCUGGACAAUAUCUAAUAUAACAGCUGGAAACAGAGCCCAGAUCCAGACAGUCAUCGAUGCCCAUAUCUUUCCAGCUCUAAUAAAUAUUUUGCAAACAGCCGAGUUUCGGACGAGGAAGGAAGCUGCCUGGGCAAUCACAAAUGCAACAUCUGGAGGCUCUGCUGAACAGAUCAAGUAUUUAGUAGAAUUGGGAUGCAUCAAACCACUCUGUGACCUCCUUACAGUAAUGGACUCAAAGAUUGUGCAAGUAGCACUGAAUGGGCUGGAGAACAUCCUGAGGCUUGGAGAGCAGGAAUCCAAAUGCAGUGGCACUGGCAUUAAUCCUUACUGCGCUCUUAUUGAGGAAGCAUAUGGCCUGGACAAGAUUGAAUUCCUCCAGAGCCAUGAGAAUCAAGAGAUUUAUCAGAAGGCCUUUGAUCUGAUUGAGCACUACUUUGGAACAGAGGAUGAAGACAGCAGCAUUGCCCCACAGGUGGAUCUCGGCCAGCAACAGUACAUCUUCCAGCAGUGUGAGGCUCCCAUGGAAGGCUUCCAGCUCUGAGGUGCCCCUGUGCUGUGUGCUCCUCUACCUAGCCAAUCCUGUUGUUGAGCCACAAGCCACCCGUGGAGUGAUUCUCUCAAUGUUUUCCAUAAUCCUGUUUGCGCUCAUUCGCUUGCCUUGUGCACAUGCUCUUACAUACGUCUGGAAAACUCUUGGCUCCGUGGCAGGAUGCCCCCUUCUUGGCAAGGGGUUGCCAGAAUCACGCUUUUUCUCUAGAUUCUGAACCUCUCCACUGUCAUCUUUGUGGAGUUGAGGCACCUUUCUAUACUUUGAGAUAUUCCCUACUCCUGUUACAGGAAAAUAAUUCCUCCUCCACUAGCCCCCACACUCCUGGCAUCCAAGAUAAGGCUGCCUUUCUCACAUAUUUACUGCAGUGUGUGCCUGCAGCCCAGGGAGACAUUCAGACUUUGAGAACGUAGCUGAAUUAAAUUCCCAUACUUUUUUUUUUUUUUUUUUUUUUUCCCCUGGAUGCCUCUUUGGAUGGCUGUGUGAGAAGUGUUAAAUCUUCACAUGCAAUGCAUCUAUUUUGCUAUAUGUGCCCGCUGGAGUUAGUGGCAUACAGAACGUUACAAAUAAUGGAAUGAGUUCUCUGUCCCCUGCAACAACAGGCUCCAAUGGACGUGGUUUCUGAUUCUUAAGAAUACCGAACACACCUGGUCCUUCCCCUUCUCAACAAUGAGCUCUCAAGCUGGAUUGCAGACCACUGUGGACAUUUGUACACCUUCCCAGUCUUUCCAUCUGCAAAAAAAACCACCUGUGAAUUAAGUCACUCUUACCACACCCCAGAAAUGACUUUCUAAAUCAGCUUCUAGAAUGGAGAAACUACCCCCACUUUUUCUUGCCAGCACAGUAUGAUCUGGCCAUGCCUACCUUAAAAUCCAGCCCUUCCUGACUUCAUAUUUCAGAGUCUGGUCCUUGAUAUUAGAGUUAUGGUUGGAAAAAAUCCUAUCUGCCUCUUUACAUUUUUACAUAGCUUGACUUGAACGGAUUUCUCUUCUGAAAAAUUACACUCUGAAAACAAAAUCUUAAUUUGUAAAACUUAGCAUAAGGAGUGUUAGAUCUCCUUUGAUUUUCAUGAAAUGAGCUUCCUUUUCAACUCACAUGAUAGAGUCCUCGUGGUCAAGCCCCUUAUUUAACAAAUAAAAUGACACUACAUUCAAAAGAUAGUAAUAUUACACCCAGGUCUGCCUGCCCCUUUCAUUUCAUUUUUCCUUCUGCUGUUUACGGGACUUCAGGUGAAUUAGCAUGGAACGCGUGGUUCCUACAGGUGACAUCUAUAAGGCAUUGCUGACUGCAUGACAGCUGUUAUCCACAGCUGUAGACUGUUCUUCUGCUAGCAGCAUGUUCUUGGCUCCGCAAGCUGCUUGGAUCACAGACAUCUGAUGCGAAGGCCUGCCACUCCUCACUGAGUUCAGCUGACAUUGACACCAAACUCUUCACACAUUGGGAGACGCCAUGUGAUUGAAAGUGGCAGUUCCAUUUCUGUAAAUGCAAUGGAUUUUCCAGGCUGUCUGCUCCCCCUGGCAUCGGGUUAUGUUCUUGCAAGCCACUUGGGACGUUUGGAACACAAAAUUGUCCAGUGUAAGCAUUUCAAAAAUGCCACUAACAUCUGCAGCGUCGUGUACCUGUGGUAAAUGUUAGUGGCAGAACUGUCUGCAAGAUCCUCCUUAUGACUCCUCUCAGUGACAAGCCACUGCAAAAGCAAAACCAGCGCAUUGGAUUGAGAGUUUAAAAUAAAAAGUCACUUGUCAAACUGCUGAAAGAAGCUAGGCAAAGGCCUGAACAUCAGCUCUGUGCGACCAUUAUUUAAAUACAGUCUUCAGUUCUGUCUGUGCUUCAGGAUGGAGACUCUGACCUGUGUGGCCACUGCAGAAGCCACCUGCUGCCUCCCUAGCUAAGCCAGAUGGCCUCCACCUUCCCUCUCCCAAUUAUUUUCUCUAGUGCUGCUUUGUGCUGAAGGAACAUUUAGUUUACUGCACUUGAUCUGUAAAUGGACUUUGAUUCUUUGUAAUUUUAGGGGGUUAAAAUUGGUGGUUAAUUUAAAAACAAAAAAACCCUCAAUGUUGCCUUUACAUCACAUAUAAAUAACUGUGUUUCUCUUUUCUUGAAGGGUGAUAGAAGCACUGAUUAGUAGCAAAAUCUUGUUUUAGCUUUUGGAUUUUUUUGUGCUGGAUUUUUUUACGUGUAAAUUUCCAAUAACAUGUCAUUUCUAUAAGAUUUGUUUAAAAUCAUUUACCUCUUAUUGGAUGGUAUAAAAAUGCUACAUAUUUUGUAAACAAAUCUGAGCAAAGUGUGUGUGCAUAUAUUCUGUAUAUUCAUAUAUGUAUAUUCUGUGUAUAUAUACACUUGGGUGUAUAUAUACAUAUAUAUACACACACACCCCUGUAUAUAUAUACACACAAAUACGUAUGUGUGUAUAUAUAUACAUAUCUAUAUUAUCUAUAUAUCUAUAUAUAUAUAUAAGUGUUUUCUCUUCCAGGCUAGUGAAAACAAUGUGGUGCAUUGGCGUUUCCCUCCCCUGCCCCCAAGAAACAAAAUGACAGUUGCCUCUAAAUGAGUGAAUUAAAAAAAGAGUCCAUUUAAGCUGAAUGGUGUGCCUUCCUGUGUAAGGAGCCUAGCCAGUGUUUGUUACUUUUGCAGUGGAUAUGUGAAUUCAGAGCAGAUAAGUAUAAAUCUUUAAACUUGGUAUGUUUGUUUGAAGUGACAGGCUUGGGUUGACACAGGUAAUAUUGUUGUCAUAUAUACUUAGACUGUGUAAAGCAUUUGACUGGUACUGCAUAAUAUUUUGACUGAAAACUAAAACAAUACAGAAGUCAACAUGGCACACAUUAAAUGGAUUAAAAUGUGGCUAACUCAUAGGUCUCAAUUUAAUUUUAAACGGUGCUUAAUUGAGUGUAUUUUCAUCAGGAUCUUCCAGCAACCAGUUCUUGUCCUUGCUUUACUUAGCCUUAUUAAUGACUUGAAAAGAAAUACUACUACUAACAAGCACUGCAAAUUACAUGAUUAUGGCGGGGAGAAGACGUGAAUUACAAAAGGAACAGUUUACUGAUAGAGACUGGUCAGAAUUACUUGGUAAACCAAGGGCAAUCAGACUGUUUGCAUUUUGACAGAGCCAAAUGCGUGGUGUUACAUUACCCAUCUAAUAAAUAACAUUCAGGCCACAUGCGAAGGACUCUGUUUUGAAGGAAAAGUGCUCUGAAAAAAUCAGGUUCGUUAUACAUUAUCACUUGAAUACUGCUUACCUGACAUGAUUCUGUGUGGCUAGUGUAAUUCUCAUAGGUAUAAAAAGAAUUUUUUUAGUAGAAAUGGGGAAUUAUGUGAACUUUAUGUUCAGCUUUGUUGAAACUUUUUUUUUACAGGAGCAUUCUCAAUGUUGCUAUGUUCACUUAAAAAGAGGCAAGAAACUGGGAGCAACAACAACCAUUAAAAGGUGUGAGGUUCCAUUCAGAUGAGAAACAAGGCACUUUUUACCCUCGAGAAUAACUGUUAGACUGAUAUGAGAAUAACGAGUAUUAUGUUCACUCUUAGAAACAUUUCAACCAGUAUUCUCUGCUUUCCUAAAGAGUAUGUUGCUGUUCAAACAGAACUAACUCAGAGAAUGCCUAUAGCCUCCUCCGCUGUUUGAAAUGAUCUGUUCUUGUUUUGUGUACAGCUAGGAGGCAGCACUGCCUAAUAUGCAGAGGAUAUGCCAGGAAACUGUUCUAUGUCUUUGGUUCUUCUCUUAGCUCUGCUAUGCAGUGUUUAGUCCCAGAAGAGUGAUUUCACAUAUUUUCCAUUUUUAUCCUGUAAAUGGAAGCUAAUGCAUUUGUUUCUGUCUACUUGUGGAGAUCUCAUCUAGGCAACUUCCAAAAGCCUUGUGAGCUGGUAAGGUGAAAAGAUUCUUGAGAACUGAGAAUUUCUGAGUUACUCUUGCAGCAUCACUAAGGAACUGUCAGGUUUUAACAGUGUCAAAUUUUAAAUUGGGCAUUAGAGCGAGGAAGAUGCAGGAUUGUCUGGUAUUUUUAUCUAGCAGUCCUGUCUGCAGACCUGUAGUGUCGUUUAAAUGUUAUGUGUUUCUUGGGGCAGCUAAUUCUUUCUGUUGGUAAAGGUCCCAGUAGAACGUGGCACACAGGGUUGUUCUCUUGGAUUCAGGAAGAUACAGGAGAUGGUGGGGCAGAAAGUUAACAAAAUUUCAGCAACUAAGCCAGGCCUGGUGUUUGGUGCUCCUGAGAAUACACCACAGAGGCACACAAUCAUUUGCUGCCUGGAGACUUCAGCUCAUUCUUAUAUUUGUGUUGGUUCUUUGAAGCUGGUGGUCACUGGUGAUCAGAGUCCCUUCUGUUAAUCUUAAGGGAAGACAGGAAGACAAUGACCCAGGAAGAUGUGUUCUUGACCCUGCAUUUCUAUAACAUCAGCACUACGAUUAAGAACCAAAUCCCACCACCCAGUUCAGAAAGUGCUGAUGCUCCUGGUGAUGCACCUCUAUGGCACCUCUGUGCUUUCCUGAGGAUUUGCAGGGCAGCUGUCUUACCUUUGGGCAGUUUGCAGCUCUGUGCCAGCUUCCCCAUGUCUUCCAGUAUGUUUUCUUUUCUUCUGGGAUUGGGACAACAUGUCCUCAGUACUUUCACAUGCCAAUUUUAGCUAGCAGACAUUAUUAUUUUUUUUUUCCAGAUGCCUAAGUCAGAAAAUUAACAGUAUAUCUGUGUACUGCUAUUACAGUGUCCAUAGGGCUCCUGCAUGGUCUUUUGAGGCAGUGUUCAUGUUGUGAGAUUGAUCAUUGCAUUGGGAAGUAUCUAUUGCAUUUGGAAGAGGUACAGCGAUAAGGCAUAUGGUAUAGGGUCAGUAAUUUUACUUCUAGAAUAAAUAUAAAUGGUGUUGCAGACUAAGCCAAAGGGGAGAAAGGAGAUAUUUUUCUAAGGGCUUAAUAUAUUCCUCUUCAUCACUGUUGUGUAGGCUAAAGAUGUGACCUAAUCAGGUGAAGUGGGGUGUUCUCCAGUGAGCUAAACUGGCUGCUUAGGCAGAAACAUCAAGUUUUUAAAACACUGUCUGUGUUCAGAAGUGCUUUCUUAGAAGCCAUCACACUAGGAAAGAGGUGGUUACUUUCAUUGUCCCUCUCAGAUUUUUCUAGUAUGCUACUUGCAAAAAAAA